AUGGCACGCACAGCAGCUCCUUCCACGCUACUCGGGCUUGUCGCUCUGGUCCUCACAGCCACCGCUGCGGCUUCCGCGAGCCGGAGCGCGGCGAUCCGCGCGGCGGUGAGGCAGCGGCUGGCGGCUGUGACGCAGCGAGUGGCAGGGCUCAACGGGAACGUGUCCGCCCUCGCCGGGAUGCUCAACGCCUUGAAUUCCGCUCUCAACGGCGCUGGAGUCAAUAGCAGCGUGGUGGGGAAUAUCGCGAAUCUUCUGCCCCAACAGGCGGGCAUGCUGCGUGCCGUGCUGACGUCAUGCAACGGCCUGCUGUCUCUCCAAGCCGGCGCUGCUGACAUUCAGAUCCUCAAGAUUGGCUCGGACUAUCUGCUCACAUACUACCUGUACGUAGCAGGAGUGACCAAGGCCCCGGACUCGCAGGCCAUCUUCAAGGGCAACGCCUGCGGCACCGCUGCUGCUUCAGCAGCCCUCGCCCUGCCUGGCACGUGGGUGCCCAUGAGCCCUGUGUCCUGGUCGCUGGCCAAUGUCGUCAGGGCGUCAGCUGCUGACGUGGCGGAUGUGCUGGCAUCGAUCCAAGGGAUCACCAAUGAUGACCUGUACUUCGGAUUCUCCGGUGCUGACGGGGCACUCUCAGGGAGAGUGAUCGGUGGAAGGGUGUGA